ACCGCCCGAUACACCCGGUUAAACCGUUUCUAAGCCAAAUCCAGUACGGUAUAAAAACCUGAUUUUAAAACAUUGAUUUCAUUCACAAGUGUAUCAUGUUUCAUAGAAACAUCAUAUCUACACACAGACACCUCUCAUAUUAUUCCAACUCUGCAGCAUUGGCGCCAUUUCUCAAUACCCACUACCCAAAUCCAUCUUUACCCUCAAUUUCCCCUUCUUCUUCAACACCAUUAUCCAACAAAUCUUCUGUUAUCACAUGGGUUUCUUCUUUCGAUCAGCAAAACCAUGAAUCGCUCGUUAAUCGGUACCAGUACUCUUGUUCCAAUGAGGACUCCAACCAACUCCAUUUACAGAUUUUCAAGAACGGGUAUACUUGUGAUGUGUUCUUACUCAAUACCCUUGUUAACAUCUACACAAGAAUCGGUGAAAUGAUAUCUGCACGUAAGGUGUUCGACGAAAUGCCUCUGAGGAACUCGAUUUCAUGGUCUUGUUUAAUAUCGGGGUAUACUCGAAACAACAUGCCUGAUGAGGCGUGCACCGUGUUUCGGGAGAUGAUUCGUGAGGGAUUCCCGCCUGUUCAUUAUGCUAUUGCUAGUGUUUUGAGAGCUUGCCAGGUUUUAGAGUCUAGUGGGCUUAGAUUCGGGGUGCAACUUCACGGUUUUGUUUCGAAAACGUUGAAUGCGGUUCAUGAAGUGGUGUGUAACGGGCUGAUUUCGAUGUAUGGGAAGUGUAUGGAUUCGGGUGAUUAUGCUUUUUGUGUUUUUGAUGAGAUGCAAGUUAGAGGUUUAGUGUCGUGGAAUUCGAUUAUUUCGGUUUGUUCUCAUCAUGGAGACGCGGUUUCGGCUUUUAAACUGUUGUCUGGUAUGCGAGCGGAGGGAUUACAACCGACUGAGUAUACGUUUGGAAGCAUAAUAACCGCAGCUUCCACUUUAUCCGAAAUCAACUCGUUUCCACUCCAACAGGUUAUGUGCACAAUACAAAAGUCCGGAUUUCUUUUCGAUUUAUACGUAGGAAGUGCGUUGGUGAGCGGGUUAGCCAGAUCGGGGCAAAUCUCGUUAGCUAAAACGAUCUUCGAACUAAUGGACGUAAAAAACGUGGUAUCGAUGCAUGGACUUAUGGUCGGGUUAGCAAGGCAAAAACACGGAGAAGAAGCUGUUGAAGCGUUCUCGAAAAUGAAAAAUUUAGUAAAGUUAACGUCUGAUUCGUACGUAAUUCUUUUGAGUACGCUUAGCGAAUUCCUUGAUUCGAAAGAAGGUGAAAGAAUCGGUAAAGAGGUUCAUGGUUACGUUAUCCGGAAGGGAUUCACCGAUUCCAACGUUGCAAUCGGAAACAGUUUGAUAAACAUGUAUGCUAAAUGCGGGUCGGUUGAGGAUGCUUCCUCUGUGUUUAAACUUAUGAUAAACAAAGAUGACGUUUCAUGGAAUUCGAUAAUCACCGGUUUUGAUCAAAACGGUUAUUAUAUAGACGCGAUUACGAUGUUUUGUGAGAUGAGAAGAAGUCAACUGAAGCCGGGAAACUUUACGAUAAUCAGCGCUUUGAGUUCAUGUACCGCUUUGCGUUGUUUAACGUUAGGAGAACAAGUACACUGUGACGGUGUUAAACUGGGACUGGAUAACGAUGUUUCAGUCUCGAAUUCUCUUGUCGACUUCUAUUCGGAGACGGGUUGUUUAAAUAACUGCAAAAAAGUGUUCUCGUUAAUGCGAGAAUAUGAUCAGGUCUCAUGGAAUUCGAUUAUCGGUGCGUUUUCUGAUUCUAGUUCUUUAGUUCUUGAGUCUGUUGGAUAUUUCAUUGAAAUGAUGCGCGGUGGUUGGCGUCCUAAUACGAUAACGUUUGUAAAUAUGCUUGGAGCCGUAUCUUCGGUAAACGAACUAGUUAGACAAAUUCACGCUUUGUUACUAAAAUACCGUUUUGCCGAUGAAACCGCGGUCGGAAACGCGAUUCUCAUGUGUUACGGGAAAUGUGGCGGUAUGGAAGAUUGUGAGAAAGUUUUUUCGAAAACGGGUGAUCGAAGAGACGAAACGAGUUGGAAUUCGAUGAUUUCUGGGUACAUACAUAACGAGCAGUUGAAUAAAGCAAUGGACUUGGUCAAACUUAUGUUGACAAACGGUCAACGAUUGGAUUGCUACACGUUCGCUAGCGUUCUUAGCGCGUGUGCGUCAGUUGCGACGUUGGAACGUGGUAUGGAAGUCCACGCGUGCGCGAUUAGGGCUUAUGUCGACGCUGACGUCGUGGUCGGGAGUGCGCUUGUUGACAUGUAUUCGAAAUGUGGAAGAAUCGACUACGCGUCGCGUUUCUUUAACCUAAUGCCUGUAAAAAACGUAUACUCUUGGAAUUCGAUGAUAUCGGGGUACGCUAGGCACGGAAACGGAGAUAAAUCGUUAACGAUUUUCGACAAAAUGAAGCUAGAAGGCCAUGUUCCGGAUCACGUGACGUUUGUUGGCGUCCUAUCGGCUUGUAGCCAUAUGGGUUUGGUUGACCAAGGGUUUGACCAUUUUAAUUCCAUGAGUGACGUAUACGCGCUAACACCGAAAACAGAACAUUUUUCUUGUAUGGUGGAUAUUCUCGGACGCGCAGGCGAGCUUGACAAAAUGGAGGAUUUUCUAAACAAAAUGCCAGUUAACCCGAGCGUGCUGAUCUGGCGAACCGUACUCGGAGCUUGUUGUAGAUCGAACAGUGAACGGGCCACAAACUUAGGCAUACGGGCCGGGUCAAAGCUACUGGAACUGGACCCGAAUAAUGCAGUUAACUACGUGCUACUUUCUAACAUGUACGCGCAUAAAGGCAAAUGGGAAGACAUGCGAAAGACGCGGUUUUCAAUGAAAUUAGCGGACGUUAAGAAAGAAGCCGGUUGCAGUUGGGUAAGUAUGAAAGACGGCGUUCAUGUUUUUGUAGCUUCAGAUAAAUCACACCCGGAAAUCGACAAAAUUCACGAAAAGGUCCGCGAGUUGCAAGGGAGAAUGAGGGAAAUGGGAUACGUACCCGAGAUUAAAUACGCGCUUCAUGAUCUUGAAACCGAGAAUCGAGAGGAGAUGUUGAGUUACCAUAGUGAAAAACUUGCUGUUGGUUUUGUUCUUAGGAGAAAGUCUGAAUUGCCCAUUAGAAUAAUGAAGAAUCUAAGGGUUUGUGGAGAUUGUCACACUUUUUUAAAGUAUGUUUCCAAGAUUGUGGGUAGGUUAAUAGUUGUUAGAGAUUCAAAUAGAUUCCAUCAUUUUGUUGAUGGUAAUUGUUCUUGUGGGGAUUACUGGUAGUUAAAAUAUAUCAA